AUGGCGGACGCCGAAACCCUAUCCACGCCCCCCCGCGCCUCCGCCUCUGCCUCCACCAAGAAGAAGAAGAAGCACUCGAAGAAGCACAAGGCCACCUACGUAGCCCCCACCAAUGUCACCGUCGAAGCCCCCACCGAUGUCACCGUCGACGAAGCCCCCACCAAUGUCACCGUCGACGCCUCCCUCACGGGCGGUUCCUCCUACGCCGCGGCCGCCCCCGUGGUCGGCUACUUCCCCUCCGGCUACGACCCCCUCGCCGCCGCCGCCGCCGCCGCGGGGGCGGAGUCUUCCCCCCGCACCCGGCUCUUCCGUCACGAGAAGCACCCCACCUGGGUGGACCUCGUGGUCCGGAGCCCCGGCGGCGGACCUGACUUCGUCGGCCGGAGCUAUGCCGGUGAGGCCGCCGCGCCGCAGCUCUGCGAGUAUGCGCUCGGCGUCCUUGACAAGGCCUCCGGCACCCUCAGGGUCGUUCCCAUUGCCGCCAAGAAGAUUCUGAGGCUAGAGCCACAUCUUGAAGUGCAGCGCCCAGCACAUUCGCAGCACUCUGAGGUGGCAUCAGAAGCUGCUUCAGCUGCAGGAAAUGAUGAAUUGAAGGUUCAAGAUUUGACCAUGAUGUAUGGAACCAAGAUGGACAGGGACAAGGACAAUAAGUGGAGAUCGUUAAAUGAACAAAGGAAUGAUCCUUCUGCUUUUGAGGACAUUGACCUUGGAGGAUCAGAGACUGCUGCCAACACCAUUGAUAGUCAGGAACCAGUACUUACUCGGAACAUUCCACCUUAUGAUCCUACCGCAGAUACAUCAGAAAAGGCAUAUCUUUUGGAUGAGAUUAUUCCAAAGAGUAUACGGCAACACCUUUUACAAAUUAUCGAUCAUUUUGAAUCAGGAGAAUUUUCCUCAAAAGGCUAUGGGGGUUUUGUCUCAAAACGUGUGCACAAGUUGAACGAGCUUCAGGGUGAAGAUAAAGAGCGGUUUGCUUGGAUACUGUCCUACAUCCAACAUCUCCUAUCUUUAUUGGCACGGAAUGGCUCCAUGUCCAAGCGCCAACGGAAAGAGAGAAAUGAAAACCAGACAAACCGUGGACCAGCAACCCCGCAGGCUGUAUAUCGCAGGCUGUUGCUGAUGUUUACGGAACCAGGGUCCAGUGUCAUGUCAACAGAGAAAAAUGAGCUUCUGAUCAACUACAUAUUGGUCCUAACACUUUUUGCCGAUGACUUCAGAUCUAAUCCUAACGACAUAUGUGAGGACCUUAAAAUGACCCGCCAAAAGCUUAAACCAUAUUAUGACCAGUUGGGGUGCAAAUCUGUGUCAGAAGGUGCUUUUAAGGGCAGUGUCAUGACGCUUCCAGCCCCUCUCAAGUUUCCAAAGGAUGUUACGAGAAAGCGGCGACGGCAAUAG